CUGGGUGAGCUUUGGAGCACUCGUGAAAAAUGUAGGGCUUUUCACUAAAAACUGAAGAGCUGCUUCACAUUUGAACCUGCUUCACAUUUGGCUUUAUAUCUUGGGAAUGGCCUUGAAAGACAUGUUGAUUCUGUCUAGAUCUGACAGCUUGGGCAAUUAGUCAUUUGGCGGGAUUUAAAAUGUGUUUUGACUUCUUUUCAAAUUUUGGGGGCUUUCUGUCACCAAAAAAACACUCUACUCCAUUACAGCAAAGCUCUAACAAAGAGAAAUCUGAGAGUAGAUGCAGUUAGGGGCUAGUCAUGUCUUUUCUUUCCCAUUUAUUUUACAUAAGGAAAUAUAGCUAAGAUCUGGUUGAUUUAUUAAUAAAGAGACCUGCAAAUAAAUACUUAAAAUAUUUGUUAUUAUUAUUAUUAUUAUUAUUAUUAGUAGUAGUAGUAGUAGUAGUGGUGGUAUCAGUAUUAGCAUUAUUAUUACCAUCAAUGCCAAACUACAUAGUUCUUGAGCAAGUUAUUGCAAAAUAGAAAAUAAGAAUCUAUAAAAUAAAGCAUUACCAAUAUUUCUGUUCAUGUCACAACUGUAAAAAACCCAGUGCCGAGUAAAUGACAACGAGUCAACACCACCAUUUAGUCUUCAUAAAGAAGAAUGAAUGAUCUCUUUAUCUGUUAAUAAACAGAAGAUCAAUACUCGCAUCAAUAUAAAGGGAAACUUAGAGACAUUUGGCCGCAGUAGCAACAAAGAUGCAACAUGGCUCUGAUUCUUAUUUGCAUUUCAGCUAUUUAGACAGAAGUAGUUCACAGCACAGGUUUGACCAUAAAAUUAGCAAAAUCAGAAAUGUUGUAAACAUUACCAAAAGUGUAAUUCAUAGAAAUCUGGAUUGUAAAUGACAGAAAAUCAAUUACACAUUUUUCCAGAGAUUUUUUGUGACUUUAUGUAAGGGGUUGGGUUUCCUUGAAUUGUGAACUCACCAACUAAUUUGCUUUGCCUUGUGUUUGACUCUUUAAUUAAUCAACUCACUGUCCAGUCACAGAGUUCCUAGCAGAGUGAACGCCAUGUGUCUGUAGGACAGUGAGGCCUGUCUCAUUUGACGUAAACACAGCCAGGUCUCCCUGACAAAGUUGCCAUCAUGUAUAGAUUGCUGCUUUAUACUCCCCACUGAUCACUGGUGCAUUCAAGGACCCUUCAGUCCGUGCUGUUAGAGCUUUAUUUGACCUUUUCAUAGAAGACUGUUGUGAAUGGACUGUGGUCUACAUUUCUUCUCCACUGUGAUGGCUGUCGACAUAAAAAGAUGUCUUUUAAGUUGAUCUCUAUACAGUUUAAAUUGCUUCAUUCAUAUUUGUUAGCUUUUGUGGCUCAAAAAGCAUUUAAUUUUAUAAAGGUAUAUCUGUUGGAGAAAAUGGCUUGAAUUGAAAUUGUUGACAGCACCUCCUCCAGGUUUCUGCAGUAUAUUAGUAAACUAAACAGACUGACUAAGGUGUGGCUUUCAUUCAAAGUGCAAACUUUAACUUUCGAAAGUACAGAAUUUUCUUGAUCAAACCAAGAUUGGCAAAUGUGACCUAAAACAAGCACAUAAUCAGUGUUUGCACCCAUAAUUUUUGCAAUCCUGUGGAGUAAGUAGAGAGAGGCUCCUUGCAAACAGUCUCUUAAGUAAUAUAAACUGUGACUUCAGCCUGAAAAUGCUCCUGAAUUCUAGUACAAAAACUAGUUUACUAGUUUAGCGCAGCUACAGAAUUUAGUAAAACAGUAAUGCAGUAAAAUUACCUCAUGGGAAAAUUUGAAUGACAUUUCUAUAUUGAGCAAGUCUUGAUUUGAUAUCUAACAGUGUUUGGUUUCAGAUGAGAGCAGAACUGUGGAGGUCUCAUAAUGCCCCAUCUCUGCUGGGGCUCUUGAUGCCGGCUUACACUUUCUUAAUAGUAUUGAGAUUAAAUUAGCAUAAAGAGUCUUUUUGGCUAUUUCUCAUUUCCCUUAAUGACAAAACAUGCUCUGUUUUUGUCUGAAAUAUUACAUUACUUACCAUAUGAAUACCAGGACCCGAGGCUUCCCAGUAGAACACUACAUUGUAGCUAGAAGACUAGUGCUAGUCACCUGAAUGGUUUUAAUGUUGUGGCUGUGUAUAGGCGUGUGCCCGAAAAAAUUAUUAUGAUGUAUUUUUAAAAAUGGAGUUUAAAAUACGAUGCUAUGGUCUACAGACAUAAAUGAGGUACUGUGUAGAAGUCACACAUAAGACACAUUCAGAUGGUUCAGGUUGACUGAUGAGGGUUUCUAUGUGCUUUAGUGAAAACAGCUGGACUUUAAAUACAUCCUAAGACAGAACUAGCAGUCUAUGUGUGUAUACUGAAAGUCUUGAUGAAGAUCUUUGUAUCUUCAUGGGAAUGGACUGUGCUGUAUAAAAGCACUUUUCUUGCCUGUUUGCCUGCUGUUCCGUGUCUGUGGAGCAGCUACCAUUUGUCCAUUUGUCUCUAGAUGAUAUCACCACUACAGUCUGUCUCUCAGCUGUUCAGCUAAAGGAGACACUUCACAAAUUCAUACUGAGCUAUUGUGGCAUACAGCAUGUCAUUUUGUGUUGUCUUUUUUUGUACGCUGGCCUGAAUGUAGAGCUUCAUACAUUUUCUCAUCUGUGUUGAAACAAAUGGUUUGUUUGGUCGGUAAGUUGGAUUGAGAUUCAAAUCUGUGUGUCUCGGGAGAAAUCUCAUUUAAUAAUAUUUGGCCUCUGGAAAUCUGCUGCCAUGAUUCACUCAUUGCAUCUCUAUCACAGCAGUGUCUCAUCUCCAGACUUCUUAAUGAGGUCAGUGCAGGCAACAGAAGCAGCACUGAUGAAUUCUUUAAUGACAAUGACCAGAGCGCAAACGUGAGCUGCUGAGUAAGGAAACACUACAGUUUACCUAUAAAAUGAUAAAAGUAAAGCAUUCAUUUUCAGACGUGAUAAAAAUACAUGUUUUUUUUUUUUUAAUUGCUGGGCAGGCUAACACGUUAUUAAUGCAUUAACACAUUAAUUAAUUAGGGUGUGUGCGUGUUCCUCCAUGCCGGUGUGUGUAGAGCGAGAGAGAGCUGAGAACGGCAGCUAAUUCUGGAGCUAAGUUAUCAGAUUUUUGUAGUUAUUUUUGUUUUGGCUACGGCCCACAGUAGUCUAUGUGAAGGUUCAAUAAACGACCAGAGAACGAGAUAAGGUCUCACUCAUUCAUCACAGAUGCUCACUAAAUUAUUAUUGUGAAAGUCUGUUGCUCACUGGCUCUGAACACACACAGAUAAACCAUGGAUCACGUUGUCAUGGUCACUCUCCCCUGUCCUAUAUAUUAAAGCCUAUGAAGGCUAAAAAAAAGAAGUACAAGCAUGGACUUCACAGACUAAAAGUCUUCUGCACGGUCAGUCCCAGCUGUGUACUUUUGUUGUGUUCGACCACUUCACUUCACUCUAACAGGGACAGCUGCUGCUGAACAUAGACUGUUUCUGCUGCUCCCUGAUAAAAGAAAAAUGUUUCCUCUGGUACCUGUUCAGAAAAAAAUAAGAAUACAGAUUUAUAAAUGUUAACUUGCUGUUGCUGGGAAGGUUCCUGUUAUAAUGUUAUUGUUGUAUGUUAUUAGGCUCUGGACUCUGAGGGUAACUUAUUUUUCUAUAACAAACCAGAUUAAACAUUAAUGCCCUUGCCGCGGCAAUUAGCUUUGAUUUUAUUUGAUUUGAUUACAUUAAUGUUUGGGUUGAGAUUUACAAGAAAUAUGUUAACUGCAACUGUGUAAAGGGAAGACUGCUGUUUAAAAAGCACUUUAUUUGUUUGAAGUGUUUGCAAACCAAAUGUGAUUGCAUUUUUGUUCAUAUAGCAGUACGUUUAAAAUAAAAGUGCAGAAUGCACUACUUUUUAAUUCGUUAUUUAAAUUUGUGCAUUACAUUGAGAUUAAUCACAAUUAAAAAUUUUAAUCAUUGCCCAGACCUAAUAUUUUUAUACAUAAUGAAUAUACGGCACGCAUUUUUAUGUUCUUAAAUUUUCAUGGAAAAUCAAAUAUGUCCGUUUCCUUGGAUGAUUAACCCUCAGUUUGAAACCCUUUAGGUGUUGCUCAUGCAGCAUAAGAAAUUAGGGUGUUUGUCUGUCAUAAUCUCUAUGGUGUUAAAAACACAAAUGUUUACAGACUAAGAGGCUUUUAUUUACUACUCAUCAGUGGCUGACCUUAAGCUGCGCUUGAUCCUGUAUCUUUUGACGUCCAUCACCCUGACCUACCUCCAAACCUCAGUGCAGGUUUUAAAGCAUGUUAUGUUCAGGUCAUUGAAAGGUCACACUGAUACAAGUCGCACUGUUUGCCUAAUAAUAAAUUCAUGCAAUUGUAAUUGUAAAUUCAAGGACUCGUGGUCUUCAGGCUUCUUUUGCAAAAAAAAACGGUGAUGCCAUUCAUCAUUUAUUCAGUGAAUUCAGCUCUGUCAGUAUGAUGGGAAACCCAACCUUUAAGAUCGUUGUACGUGAGCAGUAUCAAAGCAUUGGACUCAUUACUCCGCCUCAUUGGUGGAGUAAUGAGUCCAAUUAAAAAGACCAGUAUCUAUAAUAGGAUAAUCUUCUCAAACAUUAACCUUCACCUGUGUGACCCCUCUGUUGUUCCCCUGAAGUUCCCCUGAACUUUAAGAGGAAAAGUUCACCCACUAAUGUGUCCUGAUUGGGUAACACAGGGUAGCCGAGGACAUCGGGCAAAGGGUUAGUUGAUGACAUAGAAGUUGCUGCGUGAGGGCAGAAAAGAUUAUUGUAAGGUAGAGCUGUGAGGGGAAAAAAUCUGUUGCUAUGUACGAUGAAAAGGCCUCGUUGUUUGUUUGAGUUAGCAUGUGUGUUUCAUGGAUUUGUACAGGUGCUUGCUCAACAUCGGGGCAUGUGAAAUACUCGUGUGGACAGACCAUCUCAGUGGAUUUUUAUCAGAGCAUGGUUAGUGAGGAAAAGAUGCAGCUGGCAUUCUCUGUCAGUCAUGGUGAGCAGAGACAUUUUUAAAUAGUCAAAUAUUUAUUGUGAAAUGCUAAACUUUGAAACAACAAAAGUAUAUGAGCUUCUUUUUCAUUUAUUAAAAGUCUGGACUUGUAUUCAGUAUUUUUUUAUAUUUUGUGUAUCAAAUUAUAUUUAAAGAAAUACUUCCAAAUCUAGAUUCACUUCCUGGCUUUCAAUCACUUAACGUUAUGUGUAAAACAGAACUAUGUCAAAGGAAAAUAGUUAAGUGAAAGACAUUUAUUCAGAUAUUUGUAAUACUUCUAUAUUCAAUGCCUGAAUUUAUCUUAAUGUAAUUACAUUUCUAUACAUACAGAUGGGUGACAAAUGAAAGGACAAAAAAAAAAAUGAACUAAGUGAAGUGUCUCAUUAAGGAGUUGGGUCACCACAUGCUACCAGAACAGUUUCAGUGCACCUUGACAUUGAUUCUCCAAGUCUCUGGAACUCUGCUGGAGGUCACUAAUCUUCAUUCUUCCAAGCGAUAUUCACUCAUUUGGUGGUUUUGAUGAUGGUGAUAGAAGGCACUGUGCACCUUAUCAGUCCAAACCCUCCCAUGGGUGUUGGCAUAUGAUUCACAUGAUUUUCAUACUUAACAAAGAAUUGUGUUCUUGUGCCCUAUGGAAGGGAGCAUGGGCAUCCUAGAAGAGACAAUCCUAUUGGGAUAAAAAUGUGCAACAACUUUGUAUUGAUUUGCACAUUGUAGUAUUUUGUUAUUUUGCAAUACACUUUGUGAAAUAAAAAAACUACAGAUGACUUGGGUAACUUUGUGGUGGGUUUGCAGUGCAAAUUUUUAUGGUCAAACAUAUUAGUCAUGUUGCCUCAUAUGUUGGCAACAGCUGCAAGACACUGCAGAGUACUUGCCUUUGGCCCACACCAUCCUUUCCGUAGGCGAAUUGUUUCUGUACAACUGAUUUUGUGUUUGUUUUUGCAACUAAAUAUUGAUUUUCAGUGUUUCUCCCCUGUUCCUCACUAAUUUUGCUGUGUACACGUGGAACCAGCAUGUCAACAAACUGAGUCUUUUAAUUAAAGUAAAAUAAAAAUAAUAAACUCUGUGUCUCUUAACCCUCUUAAUUUGGAAUUAAUAAUUAUGUGUCAGAGAUAUUUCUCUUGGAAAUGAGUUGGAAUCACAAUGUGAGGGACAACCUCCUUAAACAGUAUCCAUUUUUGACAGUUUGGUCAAUAUUUGUGCAAUACUUCUGUCACUGAAAGCAAAUGCUCUUUUAAGAUGUAUUUUUACAUUGAAUUUUUUGCACAAAGUUACUUUUGUAAUGUUGACUACAAUCUUUUUUAAUUUUUCCCCCUUAUGGUUAUUGUCAGGCAUAUAGGUUCUGUAAAGCAUCUUGAGACAAAUUGAAUUGUAAUUGGCACUAUAUAAAUGAAAUUGAAUUGAAAUGAGAUUAGUCAUGGACUUUUUGUAUCAAGCAUAAAGGAAAAGUUUGCGUUAUCUUUCCUUACUUCACGCUAUACUUCCUGGUGUGACUAUCAUGCAUGUGCACAUUGCAUUGUCAGUGCUGAAGCAAUGUAUUAAUGCAGCCCUAUUGUUCCUCUUGAAACACUAGCAAACAGUGCACUUAUUGUGAGUGAAGCUACUGCCGUCAGUUGCCCAACAAUGAAUCCUCUUUCAAAGUCACUUCGAUCUUUUCCUCUCAGUCCUUAGUGUUUUUAUACAGGUCACAGAGCAUGAUCGGAUGAUAACUGUUUAAUUGCUCCAUGCGGUGCACCUGUGUGGAAGCAUGUGUAUUCAUUGUGUUUCUCCAACUGUUUAUUCUUCUAAUUUGUCACCCAGCUACAUGUUCUGUAAGAGAACAUAGAUUUCAUAUAGACAUUUUCAAAGUCAGUUUGCAGCCUUUCAGCAUCCCUCAUAAGGAUAAAUGUUUGUAUUGCACUAUAAAAAACUAUAUAUUUUUAGCUGCCAGACAAAGUUUUAGCUAGAAAUUCUACUGUUUAGUUCCAAAUUACAUUUAAAAAAAAUAAGAAUGAUUUGUUGCAACUUAUGGAAAGAUCGUUAAAAACUUAAAGCUCACAUGGAAAAGCAAAGGCGUUAAUACUGUCUGCUCAGACAACAGAUUGUUUCAGCAUCAACAGCCGUUAAACUGUCUGUUGUAUGCUUAACAGUUUGUCGACAGUCCUUUAAGAAACUCCAAACAAGAUUAGUGUGCAAGACAAGGACAUCACCUCAAACAAAAAGUUAAACUGGUAUCAAGCCCUCUUUGCAAGCAGAUUUACUACACAGGGCUUGUCUCUUAGCAUCUGUUGCAUGUUGUUCAUAUUUACUUGUCACACAGUCACACUUAUUACAUCAGUGGAGUCACUGAUCCUGUCAUAAGCCUGCCUAACCGUUCGACCGAACAGAUUACUCAAAUUAAAUAUUGAGCAUUCAUUGUGGCCUGGCUUUAAUCCUAUAGUUUGUACGGUUGUUUUUAGAAAUGCAGUACAUUUCUAGUAAAAUGUUAAUAAUAGAGCCGUGGUAGUUAUUGUGAGUGAAAAAGAAAAAGCCAAAUUAAGUGAUGCAAAUUAGAUAAAACAUUGAAAUACUUUAAUAUGAAAUAUAUUGGAACAAUACUUUAUCAUUUUAUCAUGCUUAAAUGCCAAAAUGUACAAAAUGUAAAUGUCCGAGCACCAAAGAUGCAUAGGACCCUAUUGAAACCCAUGGGUUUUUUAUUAUUAUUAUUCGGGUCUGAGCACCAAAUGUGCGUAGGACCCUCUUGAAAUGCAACAAAUUUUUUUCUUCUAUAUUAUUAUAUUAUUCGUUCUUUGGCGGACUUUUCAUUUGAAUUUUUGAAGGCCUUAAAGUACUCUAAAAUGCGUGAAACUUUUCACAAACAUCAGCACGAGCGAUACAUUUGAUAUUUUAGGGGAUUUGCAUAGGUGUGAGCCAAAAUGGCUCAAUAGCGCUACCUGGAAAAUUAUGGCCAGUACAUGUCACUCACAGCUAUGAAAUUGGGUACACACAUGUAACUCGUCAAGAUGCAUAAAAAUGUAAUUGACAACCAUACCUAAAACACAACAGGAAGUCGACCAUUUAGAAUUAUGUGUCAUAUUUUGGACAAUUUUGGACCAAUUUUUGCACAUUUUCAAAAGCUAUGAGCUGAAACAGGGUAACCCUGACAGAGCUCUAAUUUGGCCAGGAUGUAUACCAGCCAUUGGUGAUCAAAAUUUAUCAAAAUGAUCCACAAAAGUCUGAGGGCAUGGAAAUGACAGCCAGCGGAAUUUCGACAAUUGGCUGUGACACAGGAAAUGCUGUGUAGCUGGCCUGUACGUGCUCCAAUCUGGGUCAGUUUUACAUGUUUGAUGAGAGUCCAGCCCUGAUGACAUUCACAGGCCGAUAUACAAUCACAGUGUUAGCGCCACUUGGUGGAUGGAGAGGAAGUGCUGUAUAACUAGCCUGUGCAUGCUACAGUCUACCUCAGACUUUACGUUUGUGAUCAGAAUCCGGCCCUCAUCACAUCUAUCGGCUGAAAUACACUCUCCAUCGCAGCGCCACCUGCUGGAUAUGCUUAGAUUUGCUGAACAGCAAGGAUGCAAGGACCCGACCAGCGCUGCUUGUAGCUUUAAUUAUAUUUACUGUUUUAGUUAAUCAGAUUUUUCUCUUGUUCUAAUCAUUAUUCCUCAUUUCAUAUUAAUCGCUGCAUGUGAGUAUAUCUAGUAUGAAAACUUUGAAUCUGAAGUAGUACGCUGAACCACAGAGAGCAACAUGUUUGUUUAACAUUGACUGUGCCUGUGUUUAACACAGAAGGUUUAUCUCCGUAAUCUUUCCACUGUACCUGUGUUUAAUGAAGUACUCAUUAAGCCUGACAACUGCCAAAGAAUGAGCCCCGAUAAACCACAAUAUCACGAGAGUUAACAUGGUUCUAAUUUGAAAUAUAGUAAGAACAUUUGAUUCCUGUGCAGCUUCCUUCAUCUAACUACAUAUUAACUGGUUACAAUUAAUUUGUAUAAAUUACUGCGUUCUAAACCUCUCACUUGUCAAUAUCAUGACAUCUAUCUAUAUAAUUCACUUGUAAUAGUUUCCCAUGUGUUCUAUACGUAACUUAAAACCAUCCAUCGAUCCAUCCAUUAUCUAUACACCACUUAAUCCUCUCUGGGUUUGCUGGGGUCAGGAACCUAUCCCACUUGCAUUCACAUCUAUGGACAAUGCAGAAUCACCGAUUAACCUCAACAUGUCUUUGGACUGUGGGAGGAAGCUGGAGAACCCAGAGAAAUCCCACGCAUGCACAGGGAGAACAUGCAAAACUAUGCAGAAAGAUCCCAGUCUGGGGCACGAACCGGGGAUCUUUUAGCUGUGAGGUGACGGUGCUACUCACUGAGCCACCAUAACUUAAAACUCUUACACCUAUUAAAAUACAACAUCUACCGACUGUAAAUUCUGAAGUCGAAACACAGGAUUUUAAUCAUGUGUAAUGGACUGCUCAGUAUUCCUUUAAUCUUUAAAAAAAAAUUCUAAAUGAGAAAUAAGCAGUGCUGGCCAUCAUGUCACAGGUGAUACAAAAAAAUUUAAAACAGUGUUGGAAUUUAAUGGUAGAUGCCCUUGAUAAAAUGUUGACUAGUCAGCCUAACCCUUUGAUGCACAGCGUGGGUCAAGAGAUACCCAUUUUCCAUUGAAUUUGGGUCACUUUUGACCCAUGUUGUGCGUCAACGUGUUAAACUAGUUGCAGAUUCGCAAUUGGUUUGCAUCAUGAAUGGAUCAAAAUGGAGGUGUUUUACAUUAAUAAGAUCUAAUAGGGACAUUUCUUAUAAACAUGCAGGGCUUUCUCAUUUGGCCUCCAUCAUUUUUUUCACUGUGUGAAAAUGAAAUUACGCUAAACCUCAGUGGCUGAAUUAACUACAUAGUUAACUAAACUUUUGAUCAGCAGUAAUUGUCACACACAUAGUUGGAUUUUUUUUGUGAAUCCAGCUAUUAAUAUUCAUUUACUGUUUCAUGGUCAUUAACAAAUUAAAUAGUCCGUAGCCUCAGUAGUUAGAUGUUAACCUUGCUAAUCAUUUGGACUCACAUUGUGUUCUCAGUCGGAAUCAGCUGCCUUUAGUUUUCCAUCAUGGUAAUAAUCUCUACAUUCAAUAAGACAUUUACAGUGGAGAACAUUUUAGUUGCCAACAUAAUGUGCAUAUUUAUCUGUGAUUCUAAGCAUUUUUUUAAAAUAAGUUUUUUUUUUUUUGUGAAACUAGCAAACUAUGUAAAUGUAGUUAUAUGAGCUGCUUACUAUAGAUUUUGUUCAUGUUAACUUGUAAAUAAUGAGCAUCAUUACUGCAGGUAUAAUAACAAAGAAGCUUUGGUGAUGAGUUAAAUAGCAUAAUUAAUAACUAAUAUCCAAUUUUUGCUUUUGCUUUCUAGUUAUAUUUUUAGUGGUCAUAGAUGUGUGACUAUAACAGAGAGUGUUGUUAGUAGCUGGUAGACCGUCAUACGAAACAGCUGUCAGACCUUUUCACGCUUGAUGCAUGCUCUGCAGAUCACAAAUGCAUUUCUGUAAUGUCAGUCACCUUUCAGGCCGCAGCUAAUGAGAUUGUCAGUUCAACAGAAGUCAGAUGCCAUGUUUAAAUCUCCUUAAGUUAAAUAUCUGUAAACAUCUCACAUUGUCAGGCUUUUUACUGUCAGGGAUUCAUGCUGCAUAACAGGAUUAUCAGCAACAGGUUGAAUAACGCUUUAACAGGCUGUAAAAGAUAUACAGCACUGCAAGAGAUUUGUUUAUUGGAUGUCUUCAAAAGAAGUGUAAUCGGGACAACGGAAGUCAAGGUGUUAUUAUAACACCUUGAGUUUGUAGGAUAAAAAGAUACACAUUAAAAUCACACAAGAAAAUUAGGAUAUAUUAAUGAUCAAGUCUUGUGGAAAUGUAAUAUUUAGAAGAGUGAAAAUAUUUAAUGAUACUUUACUGUUUUGCCCACGGCAGCAGCAUGGCAACUAAUGUUGAAUUCCAUCAUCAGUUUUUUUAUUAACUUAUCAAUUAGUCCUUUUACCUGUAAAAUGUCAAAAAAUAGUGCAAAUAUAGGUUGAAAUUUCUAACAAUCCAGUGAGAUCUAUUCAGACGUCUUGUUUUAUCAGAAAAUAACAAUAUUUUUACUGUGAUGUAUGAUUUUUUUUAAAAAGCAUUGUCAUCUCUUUUAAAAAGCUUGAACCAAUAAAUGUGUUUUUUUUUUUACUGAAAAAAUAACUACAGUGAGUUUACAAUUUAUGAAAGCAUUUGAUGAUUCAUUCUCUGCUAGUUGAUAAUUGAUUAAUCAGCUAAUCAUUUGAAACGUCAGUUCAGGGUCCAGGGAUGACACUUUGAGGUGGUUAUUAGAUGAAACACUUACAAAGACUAGAAUAAAAGCACUGAUUUGAAGCUUGAACUGUGAAUUUUGAGCUCUUUUAACUUUAGACCACUCUUUUUUCCCCCACUUUGAUAACUGUACACCUGUUAGUAACAUUCCUGUAUUUAUACCAACAAAGUGUAAAGUGCAAUGAAGCUCUGCUAAUCGUGUGGAAGUCGAAAACAUAAUCCUGUACUGCAGCACUAUUGAUCGUAGCUUCUUUCUUUGUGCUGGCGGCAAGCGUGCAGACCGGCUUCGAGUUAAAGGGUUCAGUUAAGUACAAGCAGCAGGGAUUUUAAAGGCAAAACUGCACGCAUCUUUCCUCAGACUUCACCAUGUGUUCACGCAUUUCCAUGUCUCCGUGUUUCCGUCCCGUCUUCAGGAUUUAUUAACAAGAUGUUGUGAUAUUCAGUGAUCCUAAAAUGAUGACCUCAAAUCUCACCCUAAUGGUUGACUGAAGGAACAAAUUAACACCUGUGUAGUUUCUUCUGUUGCUUGGUAGACAGACUUCUGCUAACAAUUAACAGGUGUAAUCAGUCGCAUUGAGGCCUUCGUCAUGCUCCUGAAAAUAGGAAACUAAACCAUGCCAUGCUCGGAUUUACACGUUAACUUAAUGAGCCUGUAAUUACUGGACACCGGCGCAUUCAUGACCUACAACGGAUUCACAGACCGGAGAGGGUUGACAAGUGCCGUCUUGUUAACUGGCACGUAUUAUGAUAUUAUUGACAUGUUUUAUACUUUUAUUUGGAAUGUCUUUCUGGUCACAAUCCAACUUGGACAAAAUUGUCUUUUUACACAUGUAAUAUGUAAGUACUUGUACAAAUUAAAAGAGAAAGUAAAUGCAUUAUGAAACUAAAGUGAUCAUAAUAAACAUGUUGGAAACAUAUCUGUGAGUAAGUUCUCACUGGUUUCUGCAGCAUUAUGCACAACCUGAACUCAACACACACAGCAGCAAUCACAAUCAGAGGCUUCUUCUUUUUCUUCUUGACGGUUUUUCAUUUUUUUGUUUGUAUGUGUUUUUACUAUUUGUAUUUACAAGACCCACUUUAUGCAACAACCUGUUCUAGUGAAGGAGCCCUGUUGUGUUAUUGAAAAAGGCAUUAUGAAUCCCAACAGAAACACAUCUUCGCCAUAAGGCUUAUCCCAUCGUUAUUGAACAAGGAGCCUGAUCAAUAUGGCUGAGUAUAGUGUCCAGGACAAUAAGUGUAUUAUCUGAAACAGAUCACGCAAUCUGUCGCUCAGUGCGUCGCUCACAUGUCUUAACCAUAUUGAUUUUACACUCAUUCAAAAGUAGUUACACGAAAAAAUCUAACUACUUUUACAGAAAUUGUACUAUUUAGUGUACAAAUAAUACAGAACUGGAUUAAUGUUUUUUUUUUAAUCUAUUACUUUGAUCAGUUUCAAGAACAAAAACAAAGCUUCUUAGUGUAGCUUUUUAUGAUUUGUGAUUUUCAAUUCACGCAUAUGUAUGUGUACAUAGUGUAGAGAUAUACACUACAAGUGAAAAGUUUGGACACACUCUCUCAUUCAAUGUUUUUUCAUUUAAUUAUUUAAAACAUUUAGACAUCAAAACUAUGAAGGAAUACUUACGGAAUCAUGUUAUAAACAAAAAAGUGUUCAUCUUCAGUAUUAAUCUACAAUGUAGAAAAUAAUACAAAUAAAUAGAAAGCAUUGAAUGCGAAGGUGUGUCCAAACUUCUGACUAGUAGUGUCUGUACACUAUUAUAUGUUUGCAUGCAAAACAUAUUAUAGAAAUAAUGUGGAUUAUUCUCUAUUUUAAUUUCACAUUAAUCUUUUUUUUUUGCAGUUUUCAUUUAGCAUUCUAUGUUUGUUUUAUUCUUGAGUUCUGUCUUUAAUUAGCUGUAGAAUAGCAGUUAAAUACAAGCUAGUCUAGUCAGUGAAAUGACAAGGUUAUUUACUCCAGUGACAUCAAAGAGAGUGUUUGCAGAUUCAGUUUAAAACAUCCACAGGAUAAGUAAGGAAGCUAAUAGACAAAGGUUAGAGGUUAUUUGAGGGAAGAUCUCUGAGUUAAGAGUUGCUAAUUCUUACAUGAUCUGAAGACUCAUCACACACGUUCACCUAUCCAAGUUUUCUCAGAACCCGUCCUCUUUCUUUAGAACGUUUUUUUUCCCCUCUGGAUGCGAUAGUACUUAGACGACACCACACAAGCUCUCGAGAUCUUAAUCUGUGACAUUGUCACUGUCUGUGGCACAUCAAGGAUUUGUGGAGUGUAAGAUUAGAGCCUUACAUCGUCAUAAAUCUCUGCUUCCCAAUUUGGCCAGGUGGUGGCGGGUGGGGCAGCUACUAGGUGUAGUCUGUGGUGUGUGGAUUUACUGGAUAGAACGUUUGUGCAUCCGUGUACGGUGAACUUCAGUGAACUUCAGUGAACUUUUUAAGGACCCGGACUAAUUACCUCACGUGGCUUGAUGCUCGGUAUUUAGAACCUGCGAAAAUAUAUUUUUUUGAGGACCAAUAAUUCUCAGAAUUGACCCAGGAUUUUUUAUGGUGCCCCGCUGUGGCCGUCCAUGAUGAACUACUGCAUACCAGACAUGUAUGAGAUGCCUCAUGCAAGCAUUGGAGGCUACCCGGUGCAGGGCGGUGGGGAACACUGCAUGUACCCAGGUGAGGGACCCGGCUAUGGACACUGUGAACCCCAACCACUGCACCAUCCACCCUGCAUGGAGCAGGCUUGGCCCCCCAGCCAACAUUACUCGUGCUCGUACACAGCCGGUCCUCCUGUGUUUAAGAGCGAGUUUUGCAGCAUGGAGAUCCCUCUCAGUCAUUUCCACCAUCAGCCUCAGUAUUACCCUGAGAUCAAACCUGAAUUUUCACACCUGCAGUGGAUGCAGGGAGCUCACAAGAAAGGGUACAUACCAAGUUACCUUGACAAGGAUGAGCUAUGUGUAGUGUGCGGGGACAAAGCCACAGGCUAUCACUAUCGCUGCAUUACAUGUGAAGGUUGCAAGGGAUUUUUUAGGCGUACAAUCCAGAAGAAUCUCAACCCCACCUACGCUUGUAAGUACGAGGGGAAAUGCGUCAUCGACAAAGUGACCAGAAACCAGUGCCAGGAAUGUCGCUUCAAGAAGUGCAUUGCAGUGGGAAUGGCAACCGACUUGGUGUUAGACGACAGCAAGAGACUAGCCAAGCGGAAGCUAAUCGAGGAGAAUCGCGAGCGCCGUCGGAGGGAGGAACUGCAGAAGACGGUGUGGGACCGACUGGAGCCCACCCAGGAGGAGUGGGACCUCAUCCGUAUGGUGACUGAUGCCCAUAUGGCCACGAACGCCCAGGGCAACCACUGGAAGCAGAAGCGGAAAUUCCUGGUCGAGGAAGCAAUGCUUCUUAAUGAAAUAACAUGUAAUUUAUUCUAUACUUCUGACCAGAGUGCAGCGGGGGUGAAGGAAGCUAAGCCUGAGGAAAUUGGUCAAGCAUCCGUGGUCAGUGCACCUGAAGGAAACAAAGUGGACAUAGAAGCAUUCAGUCAGUUUACAAAAAUUAUCACCCCUGCCAUAACCCGAGUGGUGGACUUUGCCAAAAAACUGCCUAUGUUUUGUGAGCUGCCUUGUGAAGACCAGAUCAUCCUGUUAAAAGGUUGUUGCAUGGAAAUCAUGUCGUUGCGAGCUGCUGUUCGCUAUGAUCCAGAGAGUGAGACGCUUACGCUCAAUGGUGAGAUGGCGGUCACUCGAGGACAGCUUAAGAACGGUGGCCUGGGAGUAGUGUCGGACGCCAUUUUCGAUCUCGGUGUGUCACUCUCCUCGUUUAACUUGGAUGACUCUGAGGUGGCUCUGCUGCAGGCUGUCAUCCUGCUUUCAUCCGAUCGUCCGGGCCUGAGUAGCGUGGAGCGGAUCGAACGCUGCCAAGAGGAGUUCCUGAUGGCCUUUGAACAUUACAUCAACUACCGCAAACACAAAGUGGCGCAUUUCUGGCCCAAGCUGCUAAUGAAGGUGACGGACCUGCGGAUGAUCAGCGCCUGCCACGCCAGCCGGUUCCUCCACAUGAAAGUGGAGUGUCCCACCGAGCUAUUCCCUCCUCUCUUCCUGGAGGUCUUCGAGGACUGACCAAUGGAUUUCAGUGUAUGUGUGUGAGUGUGCAUGUAUGUGUGUGUGUAUGUGUGUGUGUGUAUGUGUCUGUGUCAGCGCCUGGGCACCCUGGUGGUCUCAGGGAUGGAACCAGCAGAAGGCCCAUCACAAUGAACUUUCUAUUAGCACUACUGAGUGUCACUUCAUUCCAUAGUUUAGGAGUAGCUCUCUGGUCUAGUUUUGGAUGAAACCAGUCCUUACAGUGCGGGUACAUGUGAAUAGCCUUUUGAUUUCUGUUUUUUUCUGGUUUGUUUUAUUGUUAUUGUGGAUAUAACCUCUCACCUCGGAUUUUACUCUAGUUUUUUUGUGUUGAUGAUUGUACAGUUGACAUAAUGGUGAUCUUAUCAACACUUGUUCCUUCAGUAGAAACCAUACAGUUGUUGUAUUUUCUUUCCUUUAUGUUGAAAAACUCAAAAUGGCUGCUCACCCGAUACAUAAAGUAAGACAUUGUCAGUGAUCCAUUAGCCUUUCCCCCCACCUGCUCGACUUUAUUGAACCCGCUUGUUGGUUAAUAUAUUAACUGUCAUCCAUCCAGUGAGUGUCUGAACUGUUCAGUACUUUACCCAUUAACAGUAACACUCACUCUAGUGGACAGCACCUCACAGAAAGUCUCUGGGUAGCCACACAUUACAAAGUGACAUCAGAGUGCUGCAUUCCAGAGCUGUUGGAAAAAUCUGAAUUUUGCAGUGGGAGAUCAGCUGAAGGCAGAGGUCCAAGCAAGAGACAGUAACUUCUCGUGACAUCUAGAUGGCAGCAUGCAUUGUUAACAGUACACGACAGUUCUGUACAGCUUGUUAUUAGGCCUCCAAAUACAUUUAUCUUUGCGUCAGUUUUAAGCAUAAUAGUUGAUUGAGUGCGUAUGCUAUGGUAACUGCACUAUUAAAUACCUGGACAACAUUAGUUUUGUACUGCAACUGCAUAUUCAGGACAGUGCAUGAGAAAUAAUACACCCAUUUUAUCAAUAGAACAAGAGAGGAAGAUAUUUUGAAAAUCACAAAUCAAAUUUUGAGCUGAAAUUUAGAAGAGAUGGAAACAGCUGUAUACCAAAGUGUCUUAAAUGAACGUAAACAGCUUUUGUCACACACAGAAAUAUUCAAGAAUAAUCUGUUAAACCACGUUGCUUUACCUCUGAGAUAUUGUGUGUUCUCAUACAAAGAGAACAUUGAACCAAACUCCAUUCAGAUCAGGUUAUUUAAUUACAGCCUCAUGUCCAUAGCAUAAUGUUGAAAUGGUCAGAUCCACAUAAGAACAUAGAUAUGAUCCAACCUUUCAAUUAGAGCUGGCUGAAGAAAAUAGAAAAUAACAAAGGCCUAAGAGGCAGGAUAUAAAGUCUGCUAAAUCAAGGAGAGACAGUGGAAUGAGAAAAAGGGCUUAAAUCAUAUUGCUGGAGGCUAUUGUUUGUGAGAUAAAGAGAUAGACUGUGUGUCUGUGAGCACAUAUGUGUGUGUGUUGCUUUUCACCAAAGCUUGUUCGCGAUAGAGCUGCAACGAUAAGUCGACUAAUCGAUUUGUUUUCCAAGCACAAUCGCCCAUAGAAAAGAAAGCUGACAUCAGCUUCUCGAAUGUAAGGGUUUCAUGAUUCUGAAACUGCUAGUCAGAGAGCACAAGACAUGUGUUCACAGUUUCUCAGUUCUAAGAAACUGAGAAGGUCAUGUUCUGGCAUUUUACAGACUCUCAAACAAUGAUAAUCAAAGAUAAACAUGAUUGUUGAGUCCCACGCUCUAGGGCUUUUAUAUAACAAAAGCAGAGCUGCAAUUUUAAAUUGAAAAACAAAAUAGUUGAUUGGCAGAAGAGUAACCAUUUUGAUAAUCAAUUAAUGUUUAAUAAGUGUUCUUUUUUUCCAAGCAAACAUGGCCAAGAUUAUAGGUUCCAGCCUGUCUUUUGUUAGUUUUGUUGUUUUUUUUUCUAUUUGCCAUAUUUGGUAAUAAAUUGGAUAUCACUCUAAUUUAGAGUAUUAGACAAAAUGAAGGAAAAAUCCAGUUUUAUUUAUAUAGCGCCACUUCACAACAUAUGUUAUCUCAGGGCACUUUACAUAGUAAAGUGAAGAUCUUAGAAUAUUAUAAGAAGCACCCCAACAACUCUCUUUGAACAACCCUUAGUUACAGUAGGCAAAAAAAACCGCUCCCUUUUAAAAGUUGGAAACCUCCAGCAGAACCAGGCUUAGGAAGGCGGCCAUCUGCCUCGACCAGUUUGAGGGAGAGGAAAAAGAAAAGGAUAGUAAGAAACAGACAGACAAGAAAACAAAAACGCUGGGGAGGUUGGUGGUAACAGUACCUGCAGAAAGGGACAGAGAAAGAGAGGGAAGACAGAGAGGACAAAGCACAAAUUACAGAAGAGAGAAGACACAAAGAUACUGACAUCCUAUAGUGACAUGUAGGGUGGGAGAGGAAAAUCAAAGGGAGUUGCUCAGUACAUUAUGGGAAGUUCCCCUGCAGCAUAACUAAGUCCUUACUCAGGAGUUUGGCGACUUCCUUUUAAUCGUUGAGAGGUGGACAUUUCUCACUAUUGUCCAACACUGUAUAAACCGAACAGUCAAUCAAGAAGAUAUAUGGCAGAUAAGUUGAUAAUGAAGAUGAUUCUCUUCUUCUCCCAUGCUAAAACUCUAUUUGAAAUUCUUGCUAAUGUUGAUUGUUGUUUUUGCCUUCAUUUUUACAAGCUGGACCAUGACAACAUACAAAAGUUGUCAUUUCCAACCUGGAGAUUCAGACUUCACCGACAGUGAAGGGACUGCAGCAGUAGCAUUGAAAUGAGCCUGCUCAUCAUUGCCAGAGACUGGUCAGGACUAACUAAAGCACAUAAUGGCACUGAUGUCAUGAAAUGACAAUCAUAUGUACUCGUUUUUGUGUAACAAUGCCACAUGUUGUGCCAAAACCAAGUGAAUGAUGCCCUCUUUAUUAAACCCCUGCUGGGCUUUCCUAGUGAUAUCAAGAUUGGGCUAACUAUGUUAGUUAGUGCAUGCCGCUCACACACAGUCAUCCCUCUGACUCGUGUUUUAGUCCACGUUAGCAGCUUCUACUAUACAAAAAGUCUGAAUUUUAAGUGUUUCAUCUCAGCUGUAUUGCCUCACAGUCCCACAUACAAUAACUCUGAGUGUUUGUUUAUUUUUACAAGUCUCUGACAUGGGGAGACUUUAUGGUAAAACAGUGACGUCAUGGUGCUAUGGUGGGUUGGGGCGAUGGCUGAUUGAACUGUAUUGUUAUUUACAUGUUUGAAAAACAGCCCACCACCUCUUAUGAUGGCAUGCGUAUACACUAACACAGACAUGCACAUAUACAGUACAUAAAGUAUAUCUGUACACAUACUGUACACAUGCACAUGAAUGCAUGUGUUUCGAUAACACAUGGGUCAGACCCACCACUGUGACCAGCCGGUGGGGUUUGCAGGUCUAGUGAACGUUGGCUGGCCCAAAAACAGUAUGAUUCAUCAUCAGCAAGGUACACUGAGAAAGCUGGUGAGAUUGUGAAAACGUAGCACUCUGUCCUUUCUUUUAUUUCAGCCGGUAUGUUGUUCUUUUGUUGUUUUAAACAGUCUGUCUAUGGUAUUGUUGUUUGCAUUGUGACAAACAUUUGCUUUGUAUAUCUCGCUUUUUCAAGCUUCACACUAUCCCUCAAAGCAGCUUGUGUUUAGUUUUUCUUUUUUGUUUUGUUUUUCUCAUUUCUGUGAAGUGACGCCUUUUUAUCAAAGCAAUAGACUUGCUGCAGUGUUUGAAUGACCCGGACCUCACACACACACCUCGCAAACUGUACAGACUCAAAUAAAUGCACAGACAAUCAGAGGGAGAUAGAUGGGUGUCAAGGGCGGGGAGGCACCCAGGCUCCAGCGGCCCCUAUGAACAUGCAGGGCCGGGCCGAGCCGUGCUGAGCCAGAGCCAUUUGGAAAAGUAACAUUGGCCACGUUUACAUGCACCCAGUGUUGUCCGCAGUGCUGUCGAGGUCUCCGUCUUGUGAAAUUGUGUGCAGGUGCGACAGUGAGCUGCCUGGUGCCAUUAAUAAACCUGUCAACAGAGCAGCCCUGUUAGAAAAGACCCUGCAAUAAUCAUCAUCCCAUCAGUUAGUGAGCGGUUUAUUUCUGCUGCAUUAAUGACUUGAUCUAAAUUGAUGUGUGGAAAAUGUGAAGUAAAUUUAGCCUUUUGUCACCUCUGGAGCUGGCUGAGCAAAUCUAAUCGACGUUAGGCUGACUUACCAACUGAUCCAAUGGCUCUUUGCAAUCAAACAUCCCAGGAACUAAACUUAGGAACUAAAUGAGGACCUAAAAGUCCCUUUGGUGCUCUUGUGUUUGUGUUGCCAUUGCAUCUGAAGAACCAUGAAGAUCGUACAUUAGAGCCAGUUAGACCUAAAAAAGCAUCAGAGACUCAGUCUUUCGACAUAGUGACAGGAUAACACCAUCAUCUGUUGCUGUUGCUUGACUGUUUAGUCUACACUGGUGUAUGUAACCACCCUAAAACAAAAAUCUUUCUUCAGCAUGCGCUAUCAAACCUCUUUUUGAAACUUUAAAGACUCUCAGUCUGGUCUCAGGACUUUGGCUGCAUAACUUAGCAUUAAAAUGAUCAUCAGCAUGAAAACAUAUUUCUUUUGCUAGCCCCAGUAUGCUAGUAACAUCUACUACUUGUUAUCAGGCGGACUGAAAGCUGUAAACUUGUUGAUAGCAGUUGGAGACCUGAGGCCCUUUUGCUCUGCAGUAACUUGUGGGCUGGCUUAGGGCUCCUGAAUGUCUAUGAGUGUUCGAUCUUCUGGAGCCUCCUUGAGGGCAGUUUUCGACAAAGAUAAAAGUACUCAGAGGAGAGAAAUACUGAUUGGUGAAACUCGGAGAUCUGGAGUUCAAUCCAAUAGCUACUACUUGUUGGGGUUUUGGUGUACUUGGAGUUAACAUUAAAUUCAAAUCUAUUGGAUACUACACCAAAAAAGAAACAGUCUUAAAGACCCAGUUAGGGGUCUGUUCCUAUAAACCUCAAGUCUGCCUCAAGUUCCUGCAGUGGAAAGGCAUAUACAGAACUGAAUUCCACAAUUAUCCACUGGUUCAGAAGCAGGGACUAGAAGGGGCCAAACUAUGGCCGGUGCACUACAACUGGAACACUGUUCUUACAUUCAAAAUGCAAGCACGACUCCUGAGUUCCUCUAAAUGUUUCUGUGUUCCUGCACAGAUAAAGAGCCACGUUGAGUUCAAACACUUAAAAAUAAUUCAGAAUAAUUUAAGAGCUGUAUUAAUUAGCUUUUGUUGUAUUGUGGGACAGAACUCCAUAACACCAAGAUGGACCAUUUGAACAUAUGUCUGUGAAGAUUCUCAGUCAUCCAGGUCAUGGUAAUCAUAGGAGAUCCAGUAAAAAUCAACUGCACUUCUCUUAUAGGUUCUUGAAGAUGUGUCACCUUUCACCUUCAUCCUCAAGAACCUACAAGAGAAGUCUAGUUGAUUUUUACUGAAGCUCCUACAAUUAAUUUCAAUAUAAUUACUGUACAUCGAUACUACGUCUAAUGUAAUUGCAAACAGUAUUACAGUGCAUAUUUGCAUGUUCAGCAGACGCAGAGCAGCAUUAGUAUUCCAGUUCAUGAAGGAAAUACCCAACCGUUACCCUGCUAGAUGUUCAGAUGUCCUCACCAGCUAGUUGCUGUCUUUGCCUGUUUGACGCUGGAUGCUGGUCAGAUAAAAUACAUUGGGUUUAUCAGAGCUUUUAGCUAAAGGCGUGAGAGACAAAGCACUACACACUAUAUGUAUGCAAAACUAAAAGAUACAAUGAAAAAAAGACCAAAAAAAAAAAAAAACUUCCGUGGAGUUGCAGAAGUGAGUAAUAAUCCUCUAUGGUGACUUCUCGCAUGAAACACUUGACAGUUGUCUGCUGUCAUCAAGUUUGCUUUGGACUUUUAAAGUCCACAGUGCUUCUUCUUUUCUGGAACUUCACCUUAGCUUUUGAGAAUCAAGUUUUGUUGCAUGUUUUGUUUCCCUGCCUUCAGUGGACCUGCAGUCAGUAACUAGCGCUAGCAAAGCCUGUAUUUAGCUAAAUUCGGUUUCGAUUUAUACAGUAACUCACGACAAAUGUCAUCUCAGGACACUUCACAUUAGGACACACAGUAGGAUAAGGACCUUACAAGAGGAUUACCAAUGUCUAAAACGCUCCCUUCCUGCUUAUAGGUGCCGAGUAUAACCUCACCCUGUGUUUAAAGAUCACCACGGUUAGAGAGUAGUGUGUAACUGGACGUCUAACGUGACUUUUGAUUAGAUCUAAGUCAUGUUUGAAGCCUGUCUGUGAAGCCAGCCCUGGAUCUCUCAUAGUCAAAGUAUGAAUUUACUAGUAAAGAUGAGGCCAACUUCAAAACUCUUGGCAGAGAUGUUUGGAGGUUGUAUUCUCCAAAUUUAAAAUGAAACAAGACAGUUCACUCAUUUCCACAUCUGUCUCUAGUUAGAAGGUGCAUCUAUAUAGCCCUUUUAAAGAUCAUACAGUCAUUACCCUCCAAGAGUCAUGAGGUAGAAAAAAUAUUCACGUGAACAUCUGCGCAAACCUUCAACUUCUUGACCUUAAAUCCACUGGUAGAAGUUGCGAGGAAGGUGUGAGCUGUCUCUUUUAAACCAUCCUUGACUUUACAAAGCCAAUGCUGACAUAUAAUCAGCUGUUUGGGACUUAUCUGUGUUAUGAAAUUUACAUAUGAAAAAAAGCUCAGUCCACCUCCCUCAGCCCCCGUCCUCAAAUUAGAGCGUGAAACUGUGCUCAUUUUUAAACAUCACAUUCAGUUUGCACGAGUUCAGUAUUUGUUUGCUAAUCAUCUAAUUGUUUUUUUCAGUUUUGUCACAAUGGUCCUGACUUGUGCUGUGGAGACAUGACUAGAUUUUGUUAUUUCUUUUCAGACCCUCAUUCUACCUUCCUUUUAACUAACGUUACAUUACCACUCACAGACUGCCCCCUUCCUGUCUUGCCCCUGCACUGCCUCAGCUCAGGCUUCAGGCAGAUCUACUGGAGGUAAUACACCAAGCAUGGAUAACUAACUAAUACAAUCCCAAAAAAGAAAGAAAUCUUACUGUUCCUUUACCAAUUCUAAUGAUAAAGUAUAGACAGUAUUUUAGUUAUUUAAAGAAAAAUCCCGGUCUUCGUACAUGGACACGUUGCACAUGUGCACUAGAAACCAUAAUUGUUACUUCCAGACAGCAUAAAAGAGCUGCUUUGGGUUUCCUGUUUGGCUGGUAAAGACAUGUAAGAGUUAAAAGGUAAAAAAAAAAACAAUACCAAGGAUAUAGAAUACAGUACAAAUCUCAUAGCGUCAGCAUGCUAACGUUGCAGGCUCAGAUGUUUGGUCGCAUACUUAUGUUCACAGAAUAAUGCGGACCUACUUGGACAUUGGAUGACAGGAAAUCAUGAUUGUCCUUCACUUACAGGUGUCCCAGAGUACAAAUGGCACCUUCCUUACAGUUAACAUCAUUUAAUAACCUUUUUUUUUUUUUUUUUUUUUUUUUUUACAUUUAUCAAUGUGUAAUAUUUUUACCUACCACUUGACCCCUGGAGAGCUGUUCUAUCCCCAUGAUGUGUCAGCUUGAUCUCAUGAGAAGCCGGUACUUAGAAAGAUCCAGUUUUCUUUUUAAUAUGUGCCAUUUAAUAUGAAUAAUAUUUCAUAUAGCAUAAUUAUUAACAGUGACGUAGUAACUGCAAAAAUCUGAAAUUGUGGCAAAGUAGCAAAUUAUUAUGUUUUCACCCCUAGCAGACAUAACGCUACCUGGUGAAUGCAAUUCUAAUAUGAAAUCUGAUUAUAGCUUUAGUUUUGUCACCUGACAACUCCUGGAAUUAAACAAAACAGGCUCUUUUGUGGCUGUAAAAUUUCGCAGUCCAGCCAAAAGAAUGAGCUAAAAGACACUGAAAUGUUCCACAGAGCUGAAUUCCUGAUCAUUUUCUGUCAGUUUGUCAUUGUGAGUGACUACUAAUAGACAGUGAUUUAACUCACCAUUCAUGUACUAUCAAUUAGCUCAGAUUAAAAAUUUUUUUAAAGACAUUUUUGAGCAAAUUACACUGCCGUUCAAAAGUUUAGGGUCACUUAGAAAUGUCCUUAUUUUUGAAAGAAAAACUGUUUUUGUUAAUGAAGAUAACAUUAAAUGAAUCAGAAAUACAGUCUAGACAUUGUUAAUGUGGAAAAUGACUAUUCUAGCUGGAAAUCUUUAAUGGAAUAUCUACAUAGAGGUACAGAGGAACAUUUCCAGUAAACAUCAUUCCUGUGUUCUAAUGCUACAUUGUGUUAGCUAAUGGUGUUGAAAGGCUAAUUGAUGAUUAGAGAACCCUUGUGCAAUUAUGUUAGCACAUGAAUAAAAGUGUCAGUUUCAUGGAAAACAUGAAAUUGUCUGGAUAACCCCAAACUUUUGAACGGUAAUGUACAUAAAAAUACAAAAUUGAGUGUGGCACUUAACUCUGUGUCGAAUGCGAUAUAAAUGGGUGUGUCUUGCAGGAUACGUAUGAACUGUCACUCAACCAUAAUUACUUGAAUGAGCGUCUAUACCGAACUGUUGGUGCAUGUAAACAUAGUCAAUGCUGACUGCUGGUUCAGAAAAUGUUUACUGUUCCUGAAGUGGUGCCAGUAUGCUGUUAUCUCUCCCAUGAGUUGUUACUCUUAAGGUUACUCAGUUAUAAACCAAUAACAAGAGUUGCACCAUAGAAAAGCUAUUUUACAGUACAACGGAAAAGGAUGUAUAUUUUCAGACUGCAGAUUUUUUUUUACAGAUGUUAGCAUAAUAGGAACAUGAUAUUGUUUUGCAUAUUGUUAAAAAAUACAGUAUCUUGCUCUCAAAUCCAUUUCCACAUCUCUGCAAAGAACCUGAGCAAGACGUAAUGAAUUAUAAAAAAAAAAACACUUCAGUUAGUGCAGCGUUAGUUCUACGAUUUAAAAAAAAAAAAAGAUUAAUCUACUAUUACUGUAGCUGGACCUCACUGCUACAUAUGAACACAUUUAGGGACAACUUCUUGGUCAAAGUGUAACCAGCAUCAGAGACAGAGUCAUCCACUGUCCACACGGAUUUCUCUCCUUGCGUGUUUGAGUGUCUUCUUGUUCAGCUCAUCUGUUCAACACAUAGUGGAAAACCGUUGGAGAGAGAGAGGCAGUGAGAAAAGGUGUAUGUAGGUGUAGGAGUGAAUCUGUGGCAGCAAAGGAGAGGAUGACAACAUUGUGCUCCAAACAUUUGCUGUUGCCUAUUUUACUGGAAACCGUUUCUAGUAAUCCACUGUCCAGCAGUGGACGGUGUUCUGACAUGAGCGUGGAGAACUUCCAGAGCAAAUGAUCUUGAUGCUCAUGAUUGACAAUGAUUGCAGCUAAUGUGAAUUGGCUCUUGUGAAUAAAGAUGGUUUUGAGAGAA